AUGACUCGGACAGUACAGUCUGAAGAACGUUGGUCAGCUGAUAGAGAACGCUACAUUUUGUAUGCUGAUACAUCGCUUCCAGUCACAGAAGUACAUGAUUCUUGGUAUCAUGCCGCAUUUAUAAGUGUUUGGGUGGCAGGCGUGAAGAAUCAAGACGAUCGAAUGGAAAUUGAGAAAGUAUUAAUGUGCGGCUCUAGAUCAAGUCCUAUCGACGCAAUGACUUUUGAUGUAAAUUGUAAUUUGCUCGUGGUUCUUUCCGAUGGUGGAAGUGGCGUGACAUGA